GAUAAAUUCAUUUUUAUAUUAAAGUAUAAAUAUAAAUCGUUAUUAGUUUUAUUUUGUUCAUUGUGCUUUUUUUACUUUAGUGUAUUAUAUUUCAUAUUUUUAACUAUUUUAAAUUCUACAAAUUUUAGAAUCUUCAAAUUUCUUUAUUUUUCCAAAAUUAGUUUUCUUAUCCAAAUGUCAUUAAAUUAAUUUAAAAUAUUGCUAAUAUAACCUAUGAUGGAUUUGAAUUCACGAAAAAAUUCAUCGGAAUCUCAAUCAGCAGAUUCUGAAAAUGAAAAGGCCCUGGUUGUCGAUACCGGAGCAUACUGUCGUUCCACUUAUCUGGAUAAAUCCGGCUGUAAAAUAUAUGUGACUAGCGGAAUAAAGUCGGAGAUUGAGAAAUAUAGGCAAAAGAACCCAUUGGAAUCUUCAAUUAGAACUGUUUAUACUCCCAUAGUUCGUGAACCUUCUCCCGAGGAUGUUUCCUUUGUGAGGAACUUCGCAAGUUUAACGGGAGAUUUGCCCUUUUUAUCCAAUAACGAUAUCGGAUGUAUAGCUCUAACCCGGAGAUUACAAAUAGAAACUGGAGAUUUAUCAUGUUUGAGGGAAGCUCCUAUGACCCUUAAAAUUGACAAACAGACAAAUAAUUCAAAAAACAAAUCUAAAAAGGAUCUGAAUCACAUUGGCUUUGACUGUUGGAUCGGGUCCCAUAACGUUAACAGUUACAACAUUCAGGUCAAGAAAUCCGCCUCUAAAACCGUCUCUUGCAUGACCACCGACUUUGCUAUGCAAAAUGUACUCAUUCAAAUGGGACUUAACGUUAUUACUCUUGACGGGUUUGUCGCCAAAUCCAUUCGAAGAUGGGGACAAAUGUGCAGGGCAUGUUAUGAAGUGUAUCCGAAUACCUGUAGACAGUUUUGUUCAAAAUGUGGUAACGCAACAGUUGAGCGAGUGCCAAUAACAGUAGACUCAGAGACCUCAGAAAUCAUCGCAAGGGAUACAAGGAAGUGGAUUAACACCAGAGGAACUAUUUAUACGCAGCCUAAGCCGGCAACAGGCAGAACGGAUAAACCAUACAUUACAGCUGAAGAUCAACUUUUAAUGCCUGCAUUUAAAAAUUACAUGAGAAAUAUUAAUCGCAAAAAUAAAGAUGAUCCACUAUCACAUUUUUAUGCCGAAGAUACUAAAGAAAAUAAUAUAUCAUCUACAACUGCAGUUUCAAGUUUUACUAAUGUUACUGUCGGACUGGGGAGAGGGAAUCCAAACUCAAAUCGCUGGAUUCAAAGACAUAAACGCAGUUUAAAAUCAAAAUAAUAUUUUACAACAAAUA